AAUGAGAGGAAUCGAGCGGCCGGAUGGACAAACGGGCGGGCGAGCGAGUGAGAAACGAGAGACGUCCGUUCAAAGCGUUUUGUUUUUGAGUAAGCGAGGCCUCGCAGUGGUUCCCCCGCAAAGCGUGUAUCGUCGAUCAGGAAUUGCCCCAGUUUUGAGUCACCGACCGAUCGCGAAUCUUCAAUCACGACUUUUCAGAAGACACGAUGGACACGAAUGCGAUGACACUCACCCGGUUCGUCCUCGGAGAACAGCGUAAACAUAAAAGCGCCUCCGGAAAUCUGACCCGACUCAUCACUUCGCUCCAAACAGCUAUCAAGGCCGUCGCUGCCGCCGUGAGAAGGGCCGGUAUCGCGAAUCUGUAUGGCAUCGCGGGCAACACGAAUAUCCAGGGCGAGGAGCAGAAGAAACUCGAUGUUCUCGCCAACGACCUGUUCGUGAACAUGCUGAGAUCAUCGUACACGACCUGCUUGCUCGUUUCCGAAGAAGACGACAAAGCAAUUGAAGUGGACCUGGAGAAACAAGGGAAAUACGUGGUGUGCUUCGAUCCGCUCGACGGCUCAUCGAACAUCGAUUGUCUCGUGUCGAUCGGCUCGAUCUUCUCCAUCUACAAGAAAAUCGGCGAUACCGUCUCAGAGAGCGAUGCCCUACAACCAGGAAGACAACUGGUCUGCGCCGGCUACGCGCUUUACGGCUCGGCCACCAUGAUCGUCCUGGGCCUCAAGGGAAGCGGCGUGAAUGGGUUCAUGCUCGAUCCGUCUCUGGGCGAGUUCAUCUUGACCGAUCCUGACAUGAAAGUGAAGCCUCGCGGCAAAUUAUACUCCAUCAACGAAGGUUAUUCUGCGCUGUGGGAUCCCGCCGUCAAAGCCUACGUCGAGGAAAAGAAGAACCCGAAAGUCGGGAAGGCUUACGGCGCUCGUUACAUCGGCUCGAUGGUCGCAGACGUCCACAGAACGCUAAAAUACGGAGGUAUCUUCAUGUACCCCGCAACGAAAGAAGCUCCCAACGGAAAGCUCCGUCUCUUGUACGAAUGCAACCCCAUGGCCUUCAUCAUGGAAUUAGCUGGAGGGAAAGCCUCGAACGGAAAGAUCCCGAUUUUAGACGUGGUCCCGAGCGGUCUUCAUUGUAGGCAGCCGAUCUUCCUCGGCUCGUCCGAAGAUGUCGAUGAAUUGCUUGCGAAAUAUAAAGAGCACGGGAGUUCUUGAUCCGUGAAUCGAUGAAUAAAUCGAGGCAGAACAUUAUCGUGUUA